GUUCUAAUUAAUAUCCAAGCUCAAACUUAUAACUACUAGCACACGAAACGAUCAAGAAAUUAUUCAAAGAAGAUAGGAAAAGUUAGAGAUGGAAGAAAUAAACAUGGAAGGGAGUUUAUUAAGACAGAUGAUGAAGCUGAUGAUGACCACUGAGAAAGAAAUUACCCCUCUUGAACCUCAUCUGGCAUUUUGUUAUUCCUCGUUCAUGAAAGAUAUCCAGGGACUUCUUUUUGGAAAGGCUUCUAAGAUUCCUAGUAUGCUGUUUGGAACCGAGUCUCAGACUAAACACAUCUUCGCUAUUAAACAAUAUUUAGGCCUCGACGAGCUUCUAAAUGCUUUUUGCGUGUUGUGUUCUGUUUGCAGGGCACUAGACACAGUUGAGGAUGACACGACCAUCCCUUCAGAGUUAAAGGUGCAUGUCCUGGAAAAUUUUCACCGUCACAUUUAUGAUCGUGAGCUUCCCUUUUCAUGUGGCACCAAAGACCACAAAGUUCUCAUGGACCAAUAUCAUCACGUUUCAACCGCAUUGUUGGAGCUCCAAAAAGGUUACCAAAAUUCAAUUGAAACCAUAGUGAAAACAAUGGGUGCUGGAAUGGCCAAAUUUUUGCUGAAUGAGGUAGAAACGGUGGAUGAUUACAACGAGUAUUGUCAUUAUGUUGGUGGAUUUGGUUUUCUGGAAAUGUCGAAACACUUGCACGCCUCCAAUUUGGACGAUAUGACUUCGGAUCAUCUCUCCAAUUCCAUGGGUUUAAUAUUUCAGAAAGUACAUUUUAUUGAAGACUUUUUCGACGAUAUGAAUGAGAUACCAAAAGGACGCAUGUACUGGCCUCGUGAAAUUUGGAGUAAAUAUGUUGACAAACUUGAGGACUUGUUAUACAAAGAAAACUCGGAAAAAGCUGUUUGUUGUUUGAAUGAUAUGGUUACUGAUGCAUUGUCACAUGUGGUUGACUGUCUGGAGUACCUUUCCACUUUGCGGCAUACUGGUGUAUUCCAAGUAUAUGCUAUUGGUCAGAUUCUUGCCAUCGGAACCCUGAGUUUGUGUUACAACAACGUUAAAGUUUUUAGAGGAGGAGUGAGAAUGAGUCGUGAUCAGUUUUUUAAAGUUGUCCUUGGAACAAAAGCCAUGUCUGAUGUUUAUCAAGCUGUCUAUGAUUUUUCGAGUACGCUGAAGAUUAAGAUUGAUGUUAAUGAUCCUAAUGCAACAAAGACACUUAGAUGUGUAGAAGAGAUACAAAAAGUUUGUGAAAAUCCUGAUGUAUUGAGUCAAAGGAGUUCAUUCUUAGAGACGGGAGUAGACGAGAAGAAGUGUCAACUUCAGCAAGGUGCAGUGGAGGAGCAGGUGGACCCAUUUUCUCUUGUUGCUGAUGAACUCUCUCUUAUUGGUAACCGGUUAAGAGAGAUGGUGGUUUCUGAGAUCCCUAAGCUUGCCUCAGCUGCAGAAUACUACUUUCAGAUGGGGGUAGAGGGAAAGAGGUUUCGUCCCACAGUUUUGUUGUUGAUGGCAUCAGCACUAAAUGUGUCACUCCCUGGGUCCGGGUCUGAUGUUGUCACCAACGAUGACAUGCGUACAAGAUAUCAUCGUAUUGCUGAAGCCACCGAGAUGAUCCAUGUCGCAAGUCUUCUUCACGAUGAUGUGCUAGAUGAUGCUGAAACAAGACGUGGUGUUCGCUCCCUUAACUUUUUAAUGGGUAAUAAGCUGUCUGUGUUAACAGGGGAUUUUUUGCUUUCUCGAGCUUGUUUGGUCCUUGCCAGUCUAAAAAACCCCGAGAUCGGUUUAUUAUUUUCAAUGGUUUUGGAGCAUCUUGUAACAGGUGAACUAAUGCAAAUGAAAAGUACCUCAGAACAACAAUGUAGCAUGGAUCAAUAUAUGCGCAAGACAUACUACAAGACUGCAUCAUUGAUUGCAAAUAGCUGCAAAUCAGUCGCUAUUUUGGCAACAUGCCAGGAAACUGAAGUUGCAAUGCUGGCUUAUAAUUAUGGAAGAAAUCUGGGGUUGGCGUAUCAGUUGAUUGAUGAUGUUCUCGAUUUCACAGGGACAUCGGCUUCCCUUGGGAAGGGUUCUCUCUCGGAUAUUCGACAUGGGAUUAUAACAGCUCCACUAUUGUUUGCCAUUGAAGAAUUCCCACAAUUACAAGAAGUUGUCAAUCGAGAUCUUGAUGACCCCAGAUAUGUUGAUCUUUCUCUUGAAUACCUUGGGAAGAGUCGCGGAAUACAAAGAACUAUUGAGCUAGCAAAAGAACAUGCCAACCUGGCAGCUUCAGCUAUUAAUUCUCUGCCUCAGAGUGGUGAUGAAAACGUCAUUAUAUCGAGACAGGCACUUGUGGACCUCACUCAUAUCGUCAUCACAAGAAAAAAGUAG